AUGGCAACAGUCAUAAUCGGCGGCGGCAUAAUCGGCGCCUCAAUAGCGCACUACCUCAGCAACCCGUCCUCCUCGUCCAAUGCUCUGCAAGACCACGAAAUCCACGUUAUCGAGUCCUCUGCUCACCUCUUCAGCGGUGCAUCUGGCUACGCCGCGGGUUUCGUCGCAAAGGACUGGUUUGCGCCUGCGCUUGCGCCGCUGGGGAAGUUGUCAUACGAAUUACACAAACAGUUGGCGGCGGAGUAUGAUGGGAAUAGGAGAUGGGGAUAUAUGACGGGGACGGCGUUAAGUUUGGAUGUUAAUCCUUCCAGUACAAAUGGGGGCACGGGGUAUGACUGGUUGCGUGAUGGGAGUAGUAGAGCACUGGCGGCGAGUGGGACGAAAGACGUGGAGUUGGAGACGCCGGAGUGGUUGACGAAGCAGAAGGGGGGACGUGUUGAGGUGAUUAGCGAUGAGGAUACCGUUGGUCAAGUGGACCCCCUACGACUAUGCCACUUUCUGCAUGAAACGACUACCUCUCAAGGCGUGCAAUGGCAUCAUCCUGCUCAAGUCGUCUCCGUGACUACCGAUCCCACUACAAACCUCAUCAGGAGCGUGACCGUCCUUAACUCCGAGAAUCAGACAGAAUAUACCAUCGCUUGCCGGAAUCUAGUGAUAUGUGCCGGCCCCUGGACCAGUCUGGUCUACAAGACUCUGUUCCCAUCUGCAUCGGCAACUGAUCGACCACACAUUUCGUCGCUGGCAGGGUACUCGUUACUAAUCCGCUCACCGCGUCAUAGCCUAUUGCACGAGCAUGACCAAUACAAGGGCAAAAGCCACGCUGUAUUCACAACCUUACCCGAAGACGACGGCGGUUUCAGUCCCGAAAUUUUCUCCCGCGAAGGCGCAGAAAUCUACAUUGCGGGUCUGAACAGCACCGAAAUCCCACUUCCGACAAGAGCGGAGGGUUCAAAAUCGAUUAUGGAUGAGCAGCAAAUGGCCAAACUCCGCAAAGUUGCAGUCCAAUUUUUGGGUAAACUUGCGGAAAAUGAGGAGACGGUUAAUGAAGAUGACCUGGAAGUCUUGAGGGAAGGGCUAUGUUUUAGGCCCGUGUCGAGUACGGGGUUACCUAUUGUCUCGCGCGUAAGAGAUGAGUUGCUUGGUGAUAAGAUCAGUGUGAAAUCAGAUCAUACGGCGGUUGGGAGAGAGAUUGGAGGCGUGUUUAUUGCGACGGGGCAUGGGCCGUGGGGGAUAUCGCAGUCGUUGGGGACGGGCAAGGUGAUUGCUGAUAUGGUGGAUGGCAUUGAGCCGGCGGUUGACGUGAGCGGGCUGUCUUUAUAA